GGACACAGAGGGAGAGGCAGUUGCUUUUGUGUUGUUACUUUUGCAAGGUAUUUUGUAUUCAAGGCUAAAUUGGAACCUUGUAACUAUAAUCACUGAAAUGACAAUUACAUAUUCCUUUCCUCCUGCCCCCCAAAGGAUUAUAAAAAUUAAUCUCAUUUCUUCUGGCUCUGUCCUUCAUUAGAGCAUAAGAGUAAUCAAUCAGAUACUGGAGAGAGUUUCUAGGGAUGAAAGAAAGCUAGAUUUCUGUUUGGUUGUAAAGAAAUGAAAGGCGGUCUCGAACCCGCUAUGCUAGGGGUCACAUUGAGUCUGCGACGUCCGGAGGAGCAGCGGACACAGCAACAGGACAGCAGUGGAAGCGAUCUCAGUCCAGCAGCCACCAUGUCUGAAGACAUCAAGGCCAAGAUCCAAAACUAUCGCACGGCGCCAUUUGACAGCCGCUUCCCCAACCAGAACCAGACUCGCUACUGCUGGCAGAACUACCUGAAUUUUCACCGUUGUGAGAAGGCCAUGAACGAUAGAGGCGGUGACGCAUCUGUCUGCCAGUGGUACAAGCGUGUCUACAAAUCCCUCUGUCCCAUGUCCUGGGUGAAUUCUUGGGAUGAUCGCAUUGUAGAAGAUACCUUCCCUGGGAAGAUCUGAGCCACUUUCUCUUCUUCCCUCAUCCCCCCCUGAUGCCUGGGGCUGGAUCCCUUCUUCCUUCCGAGUGGGAAGAAUGUGAUCUUUGACUGCCCUUGCACUGGGAGACCUGAAUCACGUUAAAAUAAACUGUA